UGCACAUUUUUUAUUCCGUGCGCCUUCAGGUCGCUGACUGCGGAGACCUCGUGGUUGCUCACAGACGUUAAUAACGUGGAGACACCGCAGGACGAACCAAACACCCCCCAGCUGAAACUUCCCUCCAACUUUUCCACAAAACAAAGGGAGUUUAAAUCUAGGUCGGAGCUUUUAUUCCAAAGUUUCUGUGCAGUCUAGGGAGUUUCUCUGGAGUGGAAACAACAGCUUUCUCCAUCCAUCCUUCCAACAUGACGCGAAGAUCCUGCGCGCUCUACGCGGUGGGGAUCAUCUGCGCUCACCUGCUGGUCAUCGGGAUUGGCUUGAUGGUGGCGCAAGUUUUCCGCACGUUAAUGCACAACCGACUGAAAAAGGAGAUUGUUUUGGUCGAAGGCAGCCGUGUGUUUGAGUCAUGGAAGACCCCUCCCCCUCCCGUCUACAUGGAGUAUUUCUUCUUCAAUGUGACCAACGUGAAGGAGUUUCUUGAAGGAGCCAAGCCGGAGGUCAGACAGGUUGGACCAUAUGCCUACAGGGAGUACAGGUACAAGGACAACGUCAGCAUGGUGGAAAAUGGCACAAUGGUGUCGGCGUACAACACCAAAAGCUUCGUGUUCCUGAGGGAGAGGUCUGUCGGUGACCCAACUGUGGACAACAUCACCACCGUCAACAUCCCUGCUUGGGCCGUAAUGACCCAGGUUAAAGACAGUUUCUGGAAGGCCACCAUGGUGUCCGUCUGGAUGAACUCCUUCGGGAGCGGCCUCUUCACCACUCGCACUGUGGACGAGCUGCUGUGGGGCUACGAAGACCCCCUGCUGGCUCGCAUCGCUCCCACCAACCCUGACGUGGAGAAGAUAUUUGGCCUCAUGUACAAGAAAAAUGGAAGUAACGACGGGGAGUUUGUGUACCGCACUGGACAACAGAACUACUUGGACUACGGUCGGGUUGUAACAUGGCAAGGUCAAAGCCAGCUGACUUUCUGGACGUCAAACCAAAGCAACAGCAUCAAUGGGUCAGAUGGAAGUGCCUUCCAUCCUCUGCUGGAGAAGAACGAACGCCUUUACGUCUUCACUCCUGACUUGUGCAGGUCAAUCUACAUGGAGUUUGAGAAAGACGUCGAGGUGAAAGGAAUCCCAGCGUACCGCUUCACACCACCGCGCUCAGUUCUGGCCAGCAAAGAGGAGAAUCCAGCCAACGAGGGUUUCUGCGUCAGCCCAAAGGAGUGCCUGGGAACCGGCCUUCUUAAAGUCAGUCCCUGUCGGAAAGGUGCUCCAGUGGUGGCCUCUUUUCCUCAUUUCUACCUGGCUGAUUCUAAAUUUGUGAAUGCCAUUGAAGGAAUGUCCCCUGAAAGGACGCAUCACCAAACGUUUCUGGACCUUAACCCGACCACCGGAGUGAUUGUUCGUGCAAACAAAAGAGCACAGAUUAACAUCUUGCUCAGCAGAAUCGGUGGAUUCCCGAAAACUAGAAGCCUUAAUGAAACCAUCUUUCCUGUCAUGUUUAUCAAUGAGAGUGUGGUGAUUGAUGAUGCGUCUGCAGCGAGAGUACAAAAGCUGCUGCUGAUUGUCACCUUGGUGUCCAACUUCCCGCUCAUUAUUGUGGGACUGGGAGGCAUUAUGCUCGUAGUGUUCAUCAUCCUUCUAGUCCGGGCCCGUAAACAGAAGAAUGAAGUUAAGCGCAUUGUGUUUACCAAGCCACUCUAUGCUACCUCUGCUGAGGACGACACUUCUUACUCUCCAGUCAACGACAAGGAAAAGGACGAUCCCCAAAAUGGAACCUACAUCGGUCUGACGCCUAAAGUCGAUGCACAAGCUUGAGGAAAAGGAUGAGGAGGAAUGGGGAGGAAACGGGGUUUUGUGAAGUGGGGUGGGCGGUUGUGGGGGUAGAGGGAGGGGACAUGGUUUUAGUCUCAAGCAUAAUGUACUAUAUGUUGUAAGUUUCACUCAUGGAGAGCCACCUAAAAUCCAGGUCUAGCUUGGCGAAUUCCCCCAAAAAACGUGCGACAUUCUGUUUAAAACACGAGUGGCUGCUUCUUGCUGUUUAUCGGCUGCUGAUAAUGUAGAAUUGUUGACGACAGGUUGCAGCUUUGUAAGACUAGAAAUGGGGAAUGCACUUCUAAAACAAACACACCCUUUAAAUCUGACAUGUGAGGUAAAUGUACUGUUCAUGCUGCGUCCUCGUCUCUGUAUCCGUCUGGCUCGACUGGAUUGUUGUCUCGCUUUGAACUCGGAUUUUAGGGACUGACUACUUGGGUGCAGAUUAUCAUUUGAGCUGCAGGGUAAUGAAAUCCAUAAACUGAGUUCUUAUUUUCAUCACACAUCACUCUCAGGGGGCCUUUGCUUAGACACUAUCGAACCUUAUCAAGUUUUCUCAAUCAGUUUAGUAUUAUAUUACAUUUCAUCUGAAAUUUUUAUGUUACGCAGCAUUUUCACAGCUCAUUAUUAUUUUCUGUUCAUGCACUGUAUUUAGAGGGAUACCUGUGCACAUUGUCGCCGCUGUACCUGAGAAACCUUCAGAGUACGGCGCUUGUUUGUUUGUAUAUAUAUAUACAGUGUAAGAUGAGUUGAACUGCUCACAUUCCUCUCACUGUAUGAUGGGAAUGAAUAUCAGACAAAACGCUGUAUAUUUAGAUACUUUAAUUUUUGUAAAGUAAAACAUCCUUCACAUUGUUUUUGUAAAUGUUAAUGUAGAAAUGUUUGAAUGAAGGAUAUGUGGAGUUAGAGCUUCACAAAUGUCUUCUGGUGCCGUAAUGAGUGACGCUUUUAUCAGCCACAUAAAGCCCUGGAUGUGGCAGGGUUUUGUGAUUGAAGUAAUGAUUCAUACAGUACUGAAUGUGUGUGUUGACAGUAUUUUGCCCUUUAUAACUGCUUCUGCUAACCAACAUUUCAAAAUGUUUUAAAAUGCUGUAGUUGUGCCUUAAAAGGAUCAACGUUACUGGAUUUUUUUUCUUUCUUUUUAUAGUUUUCUCUUGUGAAAACGAUGCCAUGCCAUAUCAACAAAUAUACUCUGAAGUGCAUUUUGUUCUCUUCCAGCUACCAAACCAGCCAGCAGGGUCAAACUGCACUUUGAAAACGCUCUGAAGGCUUGAAUGACAGGUUGUUGUGCAAGGCCACAGCUUUCUCACUCACUGCUGGUGAUGAAAAUGUUAGAUUUCAGGUGCCAUUUAAUGUAAUAUAGCAAAUGCUGCACAAUUACCCAGUUUGAACUGUGAUGAGCCCAGCUUUUAUUACUGCUUUUACACUUAAUAAUGAGUCCUUUCACACCAGCUCAUUACAUGCACUAUAAUAAUCUACGAUGACUAUAUCAGAUGAUAGUGGAGCCAUUUUGUCCUCCUUCGUUUGAUUUUUACUAUUCGCAUGUGAUGUAUUCUGUUAUCUAAUCAUGUACAAUUAAAAAAAUAUAUGAAAAUGGUAAAAUAAAAUUUAAAAAAAACAUGGGGAGUGCAUAAUGUUGUAGUUAUAAGUUCACAAGAGGUUGAAUGAAUGGAUAAAUCAAAAAUGUGAUGCAAUAAACACAGUAUUACACAACAUUAGCGUAGUUGUGGUUAGAAGGAUAAGUUAUUUUGUUACAUUGAUAAAACCAAAACACACAAAGCACCAUAUGGACUGUACUCUAGGCUACUUUAUGCCAUACUUUGAUUACAGAUUGUACUUUCUGAAAUUAUUGUUACUGCUAUAACCACAUAUUCUUCUAAUUGUCAGCUUGUUUUGAAAUGUUGACUGUUAAUACUGUUUUUACUCUGUACACACAAAUAAAAAGUAGUUUCAGUACAA